AACGCUUCUUCGGAGAUGACCGAAAUGGAAGGGGCUGUUGUCUUGUAACUUCGGAGCUGUCCGGAAUAGUACGGAAAACAUCGAGACAACUCGGUGGAUGAUCGAGUUUUCGCAAUUCACACAGUCGCAAAACCACCAGAUUCACAAGCUACAUCGCCAAGUUCCCCUGGUAACAGUGUACGGCAGAUGGAAGAUGGCGGAAGGUGAAAAAACAGUGAACGCACUGGAGCUCAGUUUGAAAUGGCGGGAGUCAGCGGACUGUGGCCCAGAUGUGCUGCAGUACCUGGUGGAGCAGGUGCCACAAAUUUACUGCCUGGGGGCAGAGCCCCAGCCCCAGGAGGAGGAGCUGGCAGUUAGCCGGUUGUUGCAGCCACUCGAGUGGUUCCUCUUUGGGGAGGACCCACGUGCUGCCCUGGAGAAGUUACAGCAGAGCAGUGGCUCAUCACAACUUUGUGGUCGUGUCUUCAAGGAAGGGGAGACCACAUAUUCAUGCAGGGACUGCGCGAUAGAUCCCACAUGUGUGCUGUGUAUGGACUGCUUCCAAAACAGUGUCCACAAGGGCCAUCGCUACAAGAUGCACGCCUCUUCUGGCGGGGGCUUCUGUGACUGUGGAGACCUGGAGGCCUGGAAGACGGGCCCCUGCUGCACCAGACACGACCCAGGGGCCGUAGUAGCCAUGGAGACGGACGGGGACUGCGUCUUGGAGGCGGGCCUACGGGAUCGCGCUCAGAAGCUUUUCCAGGUACUGCUGCGCUACACCGCUGACCUGCUGGUGUGGGAGGAGAACUUCGAACUGCCGCCCGAGUUGCAGCCCAGCGUGAAGGAAGACGCAUAUUACUGCGUGCUGUACAACGAUGAGCACCACUCGUACGACCACGUCAUCUACACCCUCCAGCGCUCUGUGCAGUGCGAUCGGCAGGCGGCGCAGACGCACACCACCCUCAUCGACAAGGAGGGGCGCAGAGCAGUCAAGAGAGGGAGCCAUCAGUCCUGUCUGCAUGCAAAGUCUCUCAUCCAGUCCAAUUCGGAGCACAUCUCCCUGCAGCCGCUGCGCGUGGAGAUCCUGCACUCGGCGGUCAUGGCCCACCAGAGCUUCGCCAUGCGGCUGGGGGCCUGGUUCCAGCAGGUCAUCGGCUACUCAGUGGGGUUCAGGCAGGUGUUCUGCCAAGUUGCGCUGGAGCCUGGCCCGACCUCAGACCAGACCAGCCUUAUCAGCCGACUGAUGCUGCACGACGCAAGGCUCUACAAAGGAGCUCGGAAGAUCGUCCACGAGUUGAUAGUCUGCAGCUUGUUGAUGGAAACCGAAUACAAAAGACUGUUUGCCAUCGAGUUUACCAAGCAUUACAAGCAGCUGCAGAAUGACUUCAUCAACGACGACCACGAGAGGAGCAUCUCCGUCACGGCCCUGUCGGUGCAGAUCUUCACCGUGCCCACCCUGGCCAGGCAGCUAAUCGAGGAAGGGAACGUUAUCAAGGUGAUCGUCGACACGGUGAUGGAGAUGCUCUCCGAGCACCUGGAGUCCAACAACCGCUUCCACUUCCAGGGAUACAACUCGGACAAGUUCUUCAGGAUCCAGGUUAUCUUCCACGACCUCAGGUAUAUUCUGAUCAGCAAGCCCACGGCGUGGACCGACGAGCUCCGGACCCAGUUCCUGGAGGGGUUUCGCACCUUCCUGGGCAUGCUGGCCUGCAUGCAGGGGAUGGAGGAGGUGAAGCGUCAGUUUGGCCAGCACAUCGAGGUGGAGCCGGAAUGGGAGGCGGGGUUCUCCAUCCAGAUCCAGCUGCGGCACAUCCUCUCCAUGUUCCAGGACUGGUGCGCGGCUGACGAGGAGGUGCUGUUGCUGGCUUUCAGGGAGUGCCACAGCGCACUGGUGCGCUGCAAUAACCAGCCCUUCCUCAGCGACCCCGUCGACUCCUACAUGUGCAAGCACAUCCUGCACUACCGGCCCUACAAAGUGUCCCAGGAUCUGGUCAGCAUCCACCUGCCCAUCUCCAGGCUGCUCGCGGGUCUUUACGUCCACUUGUGCAGAACCGGGGCUGUUAAACGCCUCCACGAAUACGUAGAUCCGCAGUCCUGUGACUUUGUGCAUUUCGCCGAGCACCCGCUGCGCUGCAUCGUGCUGGCCGCUCAGGUCUCCGCCGAAAUGUGGCGUCGCAACGGGCUGUCGCUCGUCAGCCAGGUGUACUAUUACCAGGAUGUGAAAUGUAGGGAUGAGAUGUUUGAUAAGGACAUAAUCAUGCUUCAGAUCGCAGCUUCUAAAAUGGACCCCGACCUCUUUCUGAUACUUAUCUUGCAAAGAUUUGAGCUGUUUGAUGUUUUCAACGGGAAGUCCUCAAGUAGAGAUCAGGAGAUCUUGAAGCAGUGGAACAGGCUGAUAGAAGAGAUGCUUCACCUUCUGAUCAUGAUCAUAGGUGAGAGGUAUGUCCCGGGCAUCAGUCAGGUGACCAAGGAGGACGUGACCAUGAGGGAGGUGAUCCACCUGCUGUGCAUCGAGCCCAUGGCCCACAGCAGCCUGGUCAAGGGCCUGCCGGAGAAUGAGAGCCAUGAAACCGGUCUUGAAAGUGUUAUUCCUAAAGUUUCUACGUUUAAGAAGCCUGGGGUCUCUGGCCAUGGUCUGUACGAGGUGAAGAAAGAAUGUCUUCAGGAAUUCAACCCCUUCUUUUACCACUAUUCUAAAUCCCAGCACAGCAAGGCUGAAGAUGCCCAGAAGAAGAGGAGGAAUCAGGAAGGCAGUGAUAAAGCUCUGCCGCCCCCGGUCCCGCCCGCGUUCUCCCCCGCCUUCUCCAGCAUCGUGCGCCUGCUCGACUGCGACGUUUUCAUCGAGAUUCUGCAACGGGUUCUCCAGAGAGCGGUGGAGGACCGGGUCACACAGUGGACUGAGGCCAUGAUCCAGAGGGCCCUGCAUCUCAUUGGCCAAGCCCUGCUGGAGGAAAAGGCCCAGCUGGAAGCCGGCCGGGAGGAGGAGGUGGCCUUUGACUUCAGCCUCAAGGCCAAGAGGAUCAGCUUAGAGCACGGAAAGUCCCUUUUCCAAGUCCUGUCCAAGCUGAUGUCACUCGCUGCUCUGGAGGGCCAGAAGGACAUGAUCAAGUGGACCCUGCAGGUUUUUGAGACUGUAAAAUGUCUUCGGGAGAAGUCCAACCCCCACACCUCCAUGAGUUUGGACCAUGCCAAGCCAGAGGAGAGUGUUCACGACAAGGAAAAGGCUGAGCGGAAGAGGAAAGCGGAGGCGGCCAAGCUCCACCGGCAGAAGAUCAUGGCCCAGAUGUCGGCCAUGCAGAAGAACUUCAUCGAGACGCACAAGAUGCUCUAUGACAACAUGCCGGAGACCGGGGGCCAGGGUGAGCCCUCUGCCUCCGCUGAGAGCUUUGCCAUGGAGCUGGGCGAGUCGCGGGUGGCAGUGGGGCCCCAGCGGGGCGUGACGGUGCCCAAGAGGGAGGGGCUGACCUGCAUCCUGUGCCAGGAGGAGCAGGAGGUGCAGGGCAACGCCCCGGCCAUGGUCCUGACCGCGUGCGUUCAGAGGUCCGCGGUGCUGACACAGUCCAGAGGCAAGACCCUGCCUAACACAGAAACCUUCGACCCCCUCUUCAUGCACCCAGACUUGGCCGUGGGGACCCACACAGGCAGCUGUGGCCACGUCAUGCACGCCACCUGCUGGCAAAAGUACUUCGAAGCGGUGCAGAACACCACGCGGAAUCGGCUCCACGCAGAGCUGAUCGUGGAUCUGGAGAACGGCGAGUACAUGUGCCCCCUCUGCAAGUCCCUCUGCAACACCGUGGUCCCCCUCAUCCCCCUGGAGCCCCUCGCCCUCAAUUAUGAGAGCGCAGAGCUGGUGGGCCAGCUCCUCACCCUCCCGCGCUGGAUCCAGAUCAUCCUGGCCCGGGUCACUGGGCUGCAGCCCGUCUCCCAGGGAAACGAGAGCAGUAGAGAGGCAGACGGCCAGCUCUACGGGGAAGGUCAGGCGGACUUCAGAUCCAUCCUGAGCUUCGGCGUCCAGGCCCCCACCAAGUACUCGGACAGCAUCACGGAGAUGCUGGUGGUGUGCGCCACGACCGUGCACCGCGUGGGCCUGAAGGUGGCGCCCAACGAGCUGGACCCCCGCGUGCCAAUCAUGGCCUGGAACACCUGUGCCUUCACCAUUCAGGCCAUUGAGAACAUGCUGCAGGAAGAGGACAAGGCUCUGUUUGGAUCCUUACAAGACAGACAGCACGCGGGUCUGAAGGCGGUGGUCCAGUUCUCCGCGGCGCAGAGGCUGAAGUGCCCUCCGGCGGUCAUCCAGAAGCACUUCAUUGGCAUGCUGGCAGCUCUGCUGCCCGUCAAGGGUGUGGAAGGAACUCCCUCUAUCCUGGAAGUGGACUGCUUCCACCUCCUGGUGGGGUUGGUGCUGGCCAUCCCAGCGCUCUACCAGGAGGAGACUGUGGACCUGCAGCCCUCUGCCAUCAGCUCCGCCUACAACCACCUUCACCUCCUCCAGCUGGUCACCAUGGUGCACGUGCUGCAGAUCCUGCUCUCCUGUCAGGACACGACAGGGGUGAUGGGAGGAGAAGAGGGAGAGCAGGAGAAAUCGGCCGCUGAGCUGUACAGGACCGUGUCACAGCACACUGAAGGGCUGAAGGCAGAUGUGCCCGGCUGGCUUAUUGUAGACAAAGUGAGAAGAGGAGCGACCUCCUUCCUGCGCUGCGCCGCUCUCUUCUUCAACUGCCUUACAGGAGUGCUCCCUCCAGAGGACCUCUCCAGUACUGCAGUGUCCCCUGAUGUCCAGAUGGAGGCGCUCUGCAGUUAUCUGGCAUUACCCUCCAACUUGUUCCAGCUCUUCCAAGAACACAAGGAGACAGUCUCCCCCUUAAUGCAGAGGUGGUGUGGGAACCCAGCAAUUUCCAAAGCUCUGAAAGGAGAGAUUCCAUUGAUUGCGUAUCCACGGAAACAAAACCGGUUAAUAGAUCUUCCAGAAGACUACAGCGCUCUGCUGAACCAGGCCUGUCAUUUUCAGUGCCCCAAGUCGUCGGACGAGGACCGGAAGCACCCGACGCUGUGCCUGUUCUGCGGCGCCAUGCUGUGCUCUCAGAGCCCGUGCUGCCAGGAGCAGAUGGACGGGGAGGACGUGGGCGCCUGCACCGCCCACGCUGCCACCUGCGGGGCCGGAGUGGGCAUGUUCCUCAGGAUUCGGGAGUGUGAGGUGGUUCUGAUGGCCAGUAAGACCAGAGGGAGCACGUACCCCGCCCCCUACCUCGACGACUACGGGGAGACGGACCCCCAGCUCGGGCGCGGGAACCCUCUGCACCUGUCCCCGGAGCGCUACCGCAAGCUGCACCAGCUGUGGCAGCAGCACUGCGUGCUGGAGGAGAUCGCCCGCAGCCUGGAGGUGGUCAGCGUCAUGUUCGCCCUCGAGUGGCAGAUGCUCUGACGACCGCGCCAACGGGAAGCCAGAGGCAGAGUCGAGUCGGCGCCACGGAGAAGACCCCCCACCAGCCGCUCCCGACGCGAACCCCCCCCCCCCCUCCCCUCGGCGUUCAGACCUCCCGGAGAGCUGGGGAUCGGGCCGGGGCGAGGGGAGAACGGAGAGGAAAGAUGGGCCUCCUUUCCACCCGUCGGGCCUGGGGUCGAUCACCGGCCCCGGCGGGACUUUAGAACGGUUUGUUUGGAAGAGCGGCCACAACCGCGCGUGAAGCUCCUUCAGAAACCUCAUUCAGACUCCACCCUGCCAUUGGCCCACGCCAUGCGAGUCCCCUCCAGGGGGUGCUGUGAAUUAUCUGAGGAUUUGACAUGGUUUAAAAAGACCUGAAGAUGGUGUACUGUACAUUUAAUGAAUCAAGAAAUUGAGAAGAGAAAUCGUCUCUUCAGGAUAAGGCAGUAGUUUUUCUUUUCUUUUCUUUUUGUAAUGCUUCUUGUCUUUAUUGGAAGACCAUAUUCUUCCCACUAUGUCCAGUCCUCAGAAACUGAUGGUUCUCAUUAUCUAUAUGGAAUUUGAAAAUAUAUAUAUAUAAGUUUUCUGUUUAUAUGCAAAAAAAAAUAUAUGAUAUAGAAAUGACAAAUUUAGAAGGUUAUGAACACUUCCAUUCGGAAACACGCGUCAGGCUUAGCAUUCCCCUGUAUUUGCUUUGAUAUAUACAGUAACUCAGCUCUGUGUUUAAGGACACCAGAGCUCUUGGUCUCUGAAUGGCUGCCGGUACCCUACCUUUGCUGUCAUUAUUUAACUCGUGUACAUAAGGGGAUUGUAGUUUUUGGGGCCAUCCUUUCUUUGCUGUAACUGACCCGCAUUGCGAUAUGCGACGGCUCUUGCUGGUUUUCUGGUCAUGCAUGUGCAAUGAACGCAACACUUUCACUGAGUUUCAUUUGUUGAGAACGUCAUUACGUGGCCCUGAGCACUUUGUGUUCGGUGUGGGUGCCAGCCACCUGUUUUGGAAUCCUAUUUUCAACGAUUAGUCAGUUUUUCAUUGACAUUUCAUACCAUUUUAAAGAAAAAGCUUAAAUAUAUAUAUUUAUAGAAAAUAUAUAAUUCAUUAUAGAGAUAAAAUUAUCACCAGCUUUACAGUGCCAGCAGUUCUAAAAAUCCCUACAGGUAUGGUUACUGACACACACGCACACACACACAAACAGACACACGUACAUGCUACAAUUUGCAGUGCCAAUUACAGUUCGAAUUUAAACGAUUAGUCAGUUUUUCAUUGACAUUUCCUACCAUUUUUGUUUAAGAAAAAGCAUAAAUAUAUAUAGUUAUUAAAAAUAUGUAAUUCAUUAUAGAGAUAAAGCGAUCACCAGAUUUACAGCGCCAGGAGUUCUAAAAAUCCCUACAGGUAUGGUUACUGACACACACGCGUGCACACACACACACACACACGCACGUACAUGCUGAAACGCGGAAGCACCGAGUGGAACGCACAUGUACUAUAUUACCAUGCUUAGGAAUGUAAUGUGCAUUUUAUGGGCCAUUUGUCUUCGGUUUUAUUUCCGAAUUUCCUUUAUUUACUCUCUGAAGUUUGCCGUAUGUGCUGUUGCAGCAGACUGAACUGAAUAAAACACGUAAUCUGGA